CGAAUAGAUACGCCAGGAUAUAUACAAGCAAGACUUUCAGUUGUCUGUUGAAGUUGUAACGGUUCACACGGUUAAAGUGACUCUACUAGUCCAGGUCGAAAAUUCGCGUUAAGAAGACAAGAAUUAUGGCAUUGACGUUAGCGCUACCAUUAAUCGGUCUAGAUCCGGAACAGUUUUCCGCGUUAAGCAUGAAGCUUCUUACGCUCGAGAACGAACAGAGCUCGAGAAAUUUGAGCGAUUCCGGACGAGCUUCUCCAAGUACCGGAAGUGAGUCCAGCGGCAUCAGCAGUCUCGCACUGUCCAGCGAACCAGCGUCAGCCGAAUUAACGCCGAUCUCGUCGAGACCAGAGACUCCCACCAAAGUGUCGUGCAAUGAGAAGAUGAAUGCACCGCUUCGCAUAAUGCACGGAGGACGCGACAUACUGAAUUUGGGAGCGAACAUUAGAUCAUCGUACAAUUGGGAAAAAAUGGAUCGAAAGUUAUCUCGACACGAAAUUCGAAAUAUUGUAACCAAUCGCUCGGUGUAUUAUCGAUUAAACGAGCAAUUAAUGAACGAAUAUUCGAUGAAACGCUGCGACGAAUGUGGAUUCUGCGAACAAUCAUACGUCUUUUAAUAUCGACGAAAUCAUAACGAAACGAUUGAACGCGACAAUAAUGCCCCACGUCCAACAUCGUGGACAACUAAGACUGUGAUAGACCGAAUAAGCGGCAGCCGGAGACGGAGACGUGUAUCGUAAAUCACACAAGAUCAAAAUCAUAGAUGUAUAUAAGAUAUGUAUAGAUAUUUAAAAUUAUUUAAGGGAGGCUACAACUCGCCAUACGCGGUAUUCGCCAAGUGAGAAAUGAAUAUUGAUAAUUUAAAUAAUUCCUAAUUAUUAAGAGCUUUAUUUAUUCCUCGUAUAUUUGAGGAGGAUAUAUCUAUUUAAAUUAGAGAGAUUCGAGUGUGUAUAUAUAUUUAUAUAUUUAAAUGAUAUACGUUCCCCCAACCGGAUACGGGCUGCAAUGGUCAUUGGAAGUAGAGCUUUUCCUAUAUUUUUUAUCUUUGUAAGAGAGUGGUGUGAAAUGAAAAGAGCUGAAAUGAAUUUUGCAUCAGAAUAAAAAUAAAUUAAUUAGGCUAAUCCAAUGUCUCUAUGGCGUCUAAUUUUAGACAUAUAGUUCUGAAAUCUUUUUUUUUUUUUUAAUACGAUGCAAAAUCGAUUUUAUCGCCCGAUUAUAUAAUUCUUUCAUGUUUUUAUAACAUCUCUUUCUUACAAGAUGCUCCUUAACUAUAUUCUAGUGCGUAUGGACCUAAUUAUACUUCGGACGAAUGACGAUAGAAACAUCAGCACUUUAUAAAGCAGUCCGAGCAUAAAGUAUCGUCUGAUUAAACAAUCGGCGAUCCAUCGAACGAUCAAACGAUAUCGAGAUCCUUUAUGCACGAUAUGUGACAAUUUAUAAUCUAUGUCAAACAAGUUUCGAACAUUCGACGAAAAAAAAGAUUGCAAGUUUUUACUCGCAGUCACUAUUUGUUCGGAAAGAAAUCUUUUCUAUAUGUAUUCUAUAUAUAUCUAUCUUCUUUAUACAAAUUUAUUAUUAAUUUAAAUAUCUCGUUGUCAAGAUUGUCAUCGUCAUCGACGUAAGUCGAUCGUGUAUCGUUUUAUAUUUUUGCAAUUGUAUGAACAAGUGCCGCAAUUAACUUUUUUUUUUUUAUGGAGCAUCGUUAUAUAAAUGACGCACCGAUAGACAAUAUUGCAAUAUCACGAACGAUCGGCGAUUUAUCAAGCGGCCGAAAAUCAAUCAAUCAUAUCAAUCUUACAUUUUCGCGGUAAAUGUAAUAAUAUACCUGCUACGGAGGAAUAUUAAUGUACAAUUCUACGACGGCACAUAUUGCAUAUACAUACAUCUUGACCAUUGUUUAUGAAUGCAUGAUAAACAAUUUUUUAUAGAUCUCAAUAUAUUGUUGCGGCAUUAUAAUUAUAUCUAUUUUUUACACCAAAUAAAAUCAUGUAAACCACUCGCUCAAAAA